ACGCUCCAUUUGAAAGCGCCGGUCGUGCCGCCGCCUGGCGCCCGCCCAGCCAAUCAGCAACCGAGAAUUUUCCCGCCGCGGGCGACUGAGGAGGCAGGGGGGCGUUCCCGCCGCCGUGAGUGGGCGUGUUCGGUUGGCUGGCGGGGGAGGAGCCCGGCUCGCCGUGUGCCUGUCUCUCCUCCAUUGAUUGCCAGCCAGCAGGAGCCGUAGCUCUCCCCGCACUCCGCCGCCGCGCACAUAAGGAUGCGACAAACAGUAGCGUGAGACUGGGCACGUACUUCAGUUUCUCUACAGAAUUUGCAGCAAUUUGACAAAAUGAAGCAAGUUCCCCACAUAAUUUCAAAUCCGUCCGUUAAGCCCUCAACCCCCGAAGUGAGCCGCGAGUGCUCCGUGUUCCUGGGCCGGGCACCGAUCUCUGAGGGGGUCAUACAGAAGCUAAAUGGCCACGACGCACUGCCUUUCCUCCCAGCCGACAAACUGAAAGACCUGACUUCUCGGGUGUUCAACGGAGAGUCGGGCGCUCAAGAAGCGAAAGUGCGGAUUGAUGCCCAAGAAAUUCAAGGCAUUGGGACGCCGCCCAACACAACUCCCACUAAGAAUGGGUCUCCAGAAAUAAAGCUGAAAAUCACCAAGACCUACAUGAAUGGUAAACCCCUGUUCGAGUCUUCUAUAUGUGGCGAACAGGGUGAAGAGACCGCUAAGCCUGAGGAGCCGGAGAACAAAAGCAAGAAAGGCAGGAAAAGAAAAAAUAUCAAGUUUGAGUCUAAUGAGGAUAAACCUGGAGGUGAAACCCCGACAAACUCGUGUUCCGCUGAAUCGUCUGAGGUUCAGCCUCUUUCAGAUUUAGAGACCUCAGAACACAAAGAGCAAGAGGAAACGCCAUAUAAGUUCUCAGUCGGAGAUUUAGUAUGGUCAAAAGUCUCUGGUUAUCCAUGGUGGCCGUGUAUGGUGACAUCUGACCCCGUCCUGCAUAGCCACACGCAGAUUAAGGGUCAAAAAAAGAGUAUUCUUCAAUAUCAUGUACAGUUUUUUGGGAACGCACCUGAAAGAGCUUGGAUAUUUGAGAAGAGUAUAGUGCCCUUCAAGGGAGAGCAGGAGUACGAUCAUCUCUGCCAGGAAAGUGCCAAACAGACACCUAAUAAAGCUGAGAAACUGAAGCUUUUAAAACCAAUAACUGGUAAACUCAGAGCACAGUGGGACAUAGGUAUGGAUCAGGCUAAAGAAGCAGUGCUGAUGACCGUGGAUAAGAGGAAGGAUAAGUUUACUUUUAUUUACAUCAAAGACCGUCCACAUCUUAAUCCUAAAGUGGCUCGGGAAGCGGGUAUUCCUGUGGAGUUGUGUGAGGAGGAAGCUUUGGAUGAGCCACCUGAGAGCCCAAAGAAAGAUGAUGGCGCCCCAAGCAAGAGGAGGAGGGUGUCCAGGCUUCCAGCUACCGACUGUUCAGAGACUGAGACUGAUGUGAAAAUCACUACUGCUAAGCCUCCUGAGAGCCCAGAACCCAAAGGCGGGACUCCGUCAGCCCCCCCGAAAAAGAAGUCCGCAGCGUACGGGAGAGGCAAAAAGGGAGAUACCGUGGCCCAAUUCCUGGUGUUCUGCCAGAAGCACAAAGAUGAGGUAAUAAGUGAGCACCCCGACGCUUCCAGUGAAGAGAUUGAAGAGUUGCUGGAGUCCCAGUGGAACAUGCUCAGCAAUAAACAAAAAGCCCGUUAUAACACAAAGUUUGCCAUUCUCACCUCUCCCAAAUCUGAAGAAGACUCUGGUGCACCGCCGAUCAACUCUGGGGACGCCAAGAGGACCGUAUUUCAAGAGUUACCAAAGAGGAGAUCGAGAUCAAGAAGUAGAUUGCAUGGAAAUACACGAAACCACAUAGAGACGGACGGCAAGUUGCCUGACGAUGCUGAAGCUCCUAGGAAGAGGCUCAGGAACCAUAGUCAGAAGCAAGUGGAAGUCAGUAUUGAAAAGCCUUCCAAGUCCUGUAGAGGCAGAGAAAACAUCCCUGUGAAGCCCCAAGCAGCCAUACACAACCUCGCCGAUGCUUGCAAGCCAUUAAAGAAGCGGAAUCGCAAUUCAGAUCUUGCCUCAGUCACACUUGCUGUAAGCAAGAGUUCAUCUCCUGUUUCUCUGAUUGAGAAUGAGGUGUCUGAUGAGAGAUCGGAGUCCCCCUCUGACAGUGCGGACGAGUCAUUGCUUUGCAAGAAGUCCGAGAAAGGAUCUUCAAAAAAGGAACUUGUCUGCCAGCUGUGUGAAAAGCCUGGGGAUCUCCUGCUGUGUGAAGGCCUCUGCUUCUCUGCUUUCCAUGUAUCCUGCGUCGGCCUAUCUAGGAAGCCCACUGGCCAGUUCCUAUGUGAAGAAUGUACAUCAGGUAUUCACACGUGUUUUGUGUGCAAAGAAAAAAACGCAGACGUUAAACGUUGUAAUGCACCAAAUUGUGGCAAAUUUUAUCACGAUUCUUGUCUAAGAGAUUACCCUCAUGCCGCAUUCGACAAAGGGUUCCGUUGCCCCCUUCACCGUUGUGCCAGCUGCCUGCUUUCAAACCCUUCAAAUGUCAGGACAAUCAAAGCAAAAUUGGUGCGCUGUGUCCGCUGCCCGGUGGCUUACCACAGUGGAGAGUCCUGCAUGGCUGCUGGAUGCACUGUACUGUCUCCCUCCAGUAUCGUCUGUUCUGCACACUUCGCUGCCAGGAAGGACAAAGCACAUCACACCCACAUCAACGUGUGCUGGUGUUUUGUCUGCUCCAAAGGUGGAAACCUCUUGUGCUGUGAGUCCUGUCCUGCCGCUUUCCACCCGGACUGCUUGAAUAUUGAAAUGCCAGAUGGAAGCUGGUUUUGCAAUGACUGCAGGCUGGGGAAGAAGCCGCGAUAUCAGGACAUCAUUUGGGUGAAAUUGGGGAAUUACAGAUGGUGGCCUGCAGAAGUGUGUCACCCAAAAAACAUACCUACAAAUAUCCAGAAGCUGAAGCAUGAAAUUGGAGAGUUUCCAGUCUUCUUUUUCGGUUCCAAAGAUUAUUAUUGGACGCACCAGGCGCGGGUAUUUCCAUAUAUGGAGGGGGAUCGGGGCAGCAAACAUCAUGGAGUUAAAAGCAUUGGCAACGUCUUCAAAAAUGCUUUGCAGCAAGCAGAAGAGCGGUACUGUGAGCUAAAGUUGCAGAGGAAGGCAAAAGAAACGGAGGAAAAUGAGAAAAAGCCACCGCCUUAUAAGCACAUAAAGGUGAAUAAGCCCUACGGCAAGGUUCAAGUUUACACUGCUGAUAUAUCGGAAAUUCCUAAGUGCAAUUGUAAGCCAUCCAGCGACAAACCCUGCGGCUACGACUCUGAAUGUCUGAAUCGUAUGCUAAUGUACGAAUGCCACCCCCAAGUAUGCCCGGCUGGGGGGAGGUGUCAGAAUCAGGGCUUUACCAAGCGCCAGUAUCCAGAGACCAAGAUAGUGAAGACUGAAGGCAAAGGAUGGGGUCUCAUUGCGAUAAGAGACAUAAAAAAGGGGGAGUUUGUGAAUGAGUACAUUGGAGAACUAAUAGAUGAAGAGGAAUGCAUGGCAAGAAUACGCCACGCGCAGGAGAAUGACAUAUCGCACUUCUACAUGCUGACCAUUGACAAGGACCGAAUUAUAGAUGCAGGACCUAAAGGGAACUUGUCUCGGUUUAUGAAUCAUAGCUGUCAGCCAAACUGUGAGACUCAGAAAUGGACUGUUAAUGGUGACACGCGUGUAGGCCUGUUUGCGGUGCGGGACAUACCGGCAGGCGAGGAGUUAACGUUCAACUAUAAUUUAGAUUGUCUUGGGAAUGAGAAAACGGUCUGCAGAUGUGGAGCGCCGAACUGUAGCGGAUUCCUUGGUGACCGACCAAAGAAUUCCUCUGCAGCAUCUCAUGAAGAGAAAGUGAAAAAACCCAAGAAGAAAUCAAGGAGACGGAGGACAAGAGGAGACGGGAAAAAGGAGUCUGAAGAUUACUGCUUCCGCUGUAACGACGGUGGCGAGCUGAUCUUAUGCGAUAGGAAGCUGUGUACGAAGACUUACCAUCUUUCUUGUCUAGAUCUCGACAAAAGACCUUUUGGAAAGUGGGAGUGUCCGUGGCAUCACUGUGACGUAUGUGGCAAGGCAUCGGUGACGUUCUGUUGCCUGUGCCCAAAUUCGUUCUGCAAGAGCCACCACGAGGAGAAACUGUUCAGGAGGACUGCCGGCGGCAAGCUGUGCUGCCUGGAACAUGACCUGAAGGAGUUCAAUGAAGUACAAGCUGCUGAAACUAUCCCUAAAGAGCACUCAAAGGCCAAGUACAAGAAGAGUCAGAAAUCCAGAUAACAGCGGACUGCAACACUAUUGUAAAUAGAUGCCUCUUUGUGGAUAAGGUCGAACAAAAUAGCCAUUUUCAUAUAAUGCUGUACAGCUUUCUUGAUAUAUACUUUGAUUCAGGACAAAACGUACCCACUGAGCCAUCUUCUGCAGCCGAGGCUGCGUCUGCACUGAUUACUGAGCCGUGCUCACCACUGCUCCCUUAGCUGUCACAAUAAACCCACAUUACACAGCAUUACCAUUACACUCUCCGUCAUUACCGCUACACACUCAUUUAAGAAAGGAAAGGCCGGUGUAUCGGUUAAAGGCUGAAGCGGCAUGCAGAUAUAUAAGUACACCCGUACGCGGAUAUUUACCUUCCUAACACGACACUAUUGACUUCAUCUUGGAAAUACUUAUAUAUUUAGGUUUUUUUUACUAUAGUCCAGGCAAGUCUUUGUGUAAUACUUUGUUAACAGAAUAUAGGUACAUUUAACACAAUAUUAUUUUAAUAGUUUUUAAUCAAGGCUUUUUCUGCAAGCGAUGAACAGUGUUCACACAGCCAAAUAACCUGUUAUAUCAGCAGUGUUACAGAGGAGGCCAAAUUGUUGUCAUUUUCUAGGUAUAUGUUUCAAGAUUAAGUAUUACUGUAUUACUGCUUUUCCCCCCCUUUUGUUCACUGUGGGAGCGACUUGCUAUAUUGUGUGUGAUUGUUUUUACAAAUGUACAGUUGCUACCUCACCUGGUUAAAAAAAAAAAAAAGUGGCUCCCACCUCAAAUUUUGUUUAUUUUUAUGAGAUGGGGCCUGCAAAACCUUCCUCAGCACUGCAGGGCUUUCCCACGUGCAAUCGGUCUGCCCAAGACUACAGGCUGCAUCAUCUCAAAUGUCCAAACACCCUCGUUUAAAACUACAGAAUGCAGGAAAGGGUGGGCUUUCAUUGGUAGAGGCGGCCUUGCCUUUGUAUUUUUUUUUUUUUUUUUUUUGGUUGCCUAAUUCCUAUGUGUUUUUUUUUUAUUUUACAAAGUGUCACAUACAUACCUCCAUACUUCCAUCCCGGGAUCCCACACAAUUGGUUUAAACACUAGGCACCAUGACCAUGAAGGGAAUAGUCAAUGUAUUUGCCCCCCUUUUGUUAACGUAGUGUCAGGGAGAAAAUCCAAUGUACGCUUAUUUUGGAUUCUGUAUAAUUAGACUACAACUGUAAAAACUAAAUUGUGCUCUAAAGGGGGAUCACCGUGCACUGUUUUUGGCUUUUUUUUUUUUUUUUUCU